AUGGCGUUCUCACUAGAGGAAAUGUACCAGCAGGAAGUAGUGUCACUGGCGAUCCCAUAUCACGGCGACGACGACGGCACGGCAGAUUUCGACAAGCAGGCCAAAGGCAAGGAGAGGGCAGACGAGAAGGAUGAAGCAAUGAGGCCGAUAAUAGAGGCAGAGGAGCAGGACACGGAAACAGACACGGAUACGGACGAAGAGAAAGACAAGAGACGGCUGCCGCGACCUGGGAGUGGCUCCGGAGACGAUACCGACGCGGACUAUGACGAUUUGAGCUGGAUGUCGGUGCCUCCACCAGCGGCACUGACAGAAGGCCUGACGAGCGAUCUGGCCGAGGUCCUGGUUGAAAUUGCACGGUCGUCGAUCGAGGGUGUGCAGGCGCGGGCAGCCCAGAAGAUGGCAGAGCGGGCGGCACGCGCAGAGCAGGCGCAAAUAGACAAGGCCAAGGCGGGUGUGGUGACAGCCGAAGAGGUAGCCGAAAGAGCAGCGCAGACGCUCGUCGAAGAGAGAGGCUGGCCUCUGGCCAAUCGGUCGCUAGAGCUGGACAUGCUCAAGGGCAAGGGCAAGGAGUCAGCAGAGCCAGAGACGGCCGUGUCGAGCAGUGUGGAAGCGUGGCCGCAGACGCAGACGAAGAUGCAGACGCAGAAGCAGACACAGCCAUUGCCGAGCUCCGUGUCGGAGAGGCGAUCGCGCAGCCGGAUGUUCGCAGCCCGACUUCUUCGCCACGUUCACGUGCACAGCCGCAGUCAGAACAGCGCGGAGAGCAGUGCGGCGGGCGCGGCAGCAGGCGCGACAGCAGCGGCCGAGAGGGACCUGCAAUGGCUGCAGCAGAACCGCUGGCUCCUGACGGCGGAGUCGGGCAUGACGGUGACGGCACCGCUGCGGGCGGCGAUGCUCCCCGGCCAGGCGACGACGGCGAUGCCGGAGCCGAUCGAGUGCAUUUCGUGUUUUGACGAGACGCCAGCACGGGAGGCGGUGCGGCGAGUCUGUCACAGCUACUGUCUUGGAUGUUUCCGGCAGCUGGUGGCGACGGCGGUGUCGAACGAGGCGCAGUUCCCGGCCAAGUGCUGUCUGAACGAGGUGCCGUCGAGGACGAUUCGGCGUCACGUGACACGAGAAGUAUGGCAACGGUAUGCGGCCAAAGCAGCGGAGCUGGCGGUGCCAGUGAGCGAGCGGCUAUACUGUGCGGCGGUGAACUGCGGAAUGUACGUACCGGCUUCACAGCAGAGCCGAGCAGCGCGGAUCGGGCGAUGCAGCGGGGGCCACGAGACGUGCACGAUGUGCCGGCAAAUAGCGCAUGGGACGGGCAGCAAGCGAGGGCCAUGCGCGGAAGAUCGAGACGGACAGCUGGCGGACGAGCUGGCAGCAGACGCGGGCUGGCGACGGUGUCAGCAGUGCUCAGUGCUGAUCGAGCAUGCGGAUGCGUGCCAGCACAUGACGUGUCGCUGCGGCGGGCAGUUCUGCUACGUGUGCGGUGCAGUCUGGCGAACGUGUGAGUGCACGAUGGAGGACCUGCAGGAGCUGAAGGCGCGGGCAGCAGAGCGACAGGCAGCACGGGCGGAGCGAGAGCGGGCAGCAGAGGCAGCAACAGCGGUGGCAGACCAAGAGCUACAGGAGCUGCGGGAGGCGCUGCGUGCGGUCGAGGAGCUGGAGCGGGAAGAGACGCAGCGACAGGAGCGACAGCAGGCCGAGCGGACGGGACGACUAGAGCGGCUGCGGGACCGACGUGAGGCCGUGCUGCGACGCGAGGCGCCACGACAACACGUCCAGCUGGCGGCCGACCUGCAACGCCUGACAGGCCGACAGGAGGAGACGGCACGCAAGCGACGACGACAGCAGCGAGCAGACCACCAGCAGGCGCAAGACGAGGCGCGUGCGGCACAGCAGGCAGACCAGGCGAGCGAGCAGACGGCGGCAGCUGCCGAGGCCGAGCAGCUGGUCCGGACGGCCGAGCAGGCCUGGGCGGCCGACUACAGCGCGCGCGUGCGGCUGGAGCAGCGCGUCGAGGCUGGGUAUCGCGCCGACCUGCUGGCCGACGUCACGCUCUGGGCCGACCGGCCAGAUCGGCUGUCGCGCAUCGACGCCGCCGUGCGCGUGCUCAUGCGCCGCAACGACGGCCGCCUCGACGCCUAUCUGCGCUGGCGCGAUGGCCAGCUGGCAGCUGUGCGCUGUCGGGCCGACGAGAAUCGUGCCAUGGGCGACGAGCUGCGGACCCGUGCGCGGAGACUGGCUGCUGAGACCCAGCUGGCUCACAGGACGGCCCUGUGCCGGGUGCACGACGCGGAACGCACGUGGGUGCGCGUGGUCGCGGCAGAACGCUGCCGCCAGCUCGAGGCCAUGCUCGCGGUCAAGCGGCGGCUCGGACUCGCUGGCUCGGCUGUCCCGGCCGACGCGGAACUGCUGCUGCUGAUCGAGUUCGACGGCGCCGGCACGCUCGACGGCGUCGACAUCGAGGACUGCCUGCGGCUGCAGGAAACAGAACAGGACGCGCGAGAGAGGGUGCAGGACAGUUCUGCUUAA